AAGCACGGUGAAGUGAUCAGCAUGUCUACCACCAACACCCACGACGCUGCGAGGCUGAGGUCCACGUCGUUAUCCUCACUAACGUCUUUGGUGGGCCUUCAACUCUCUUCAAGGCUCUUGACUUUCGUUCUCAAUCAAGCUUUAUUCCGAUUGGCAUCUCCAAAAGCUUAUGGUGUAGCUGCAAUCCAGUUUGAGCUCCUUCUCAGUACGAUUCUUUUCCUCAGCCGGGAAGGUGUAAGAGGUGCAUUACUUCGCGUGGGAGGAGUCGACCAGGAGAAGACAGGAAAACUUCAAGGAAACAAAGCACUCAAUGUCGGCUUAGUUCCCGUUUUGAUUGGAAUACCUCUGGCCUUGUGCACUUCCAUAUUAUACGCGAAUUAUGCAAGUCCUGAGACGAGGUCACAACCAUUGUUCAUCGAAUCGGUGACCGUAUAUGCUCUGGCGGCCAUUAUGGAACUUUUGGCUGAACCAAUGCAUAACAUGGCCAUGGUUGCACUGAAGACGCAUAUACGCGUACGUGCCGAAGGCGCAGGCAUCACUCUCAAGGCCAUCGUCACCUUCAUCGUGCUUUUGUACGACUAUACCAAUCGUACUGGAGAUCUUGCCCUGCUAUCAUUUGCUUUGGGUCAACUUGCGUAUGGAAUGUGUGUUUUUGUGAUAUACGCGUGGAAUUAUAACGGUCUACCACGGUUCAGUGGAAUUCCGACCAAAACCUGGUAUGAAAUUUUGAACUCUGUUCUAAAGAAGACAGGGAGCUUUUCUGCUGAAAACCUCAUAUAGGUCUAUUGCGACAUAUUUCGACGAGGAAGUUCUCAGUCUAUCGUUGACCAUGACUUCUCAAUCAUUGGUGAAACACUUUCUAACCGAAGGUGAUAAAUUCAUUUUAUCGUGGUUCAGUCCUUUGGAAGACCAGGGUGGAUACGCAGUUGCGGUGAAUUAUGGAUCACUUAUAGCACGUAUCGUAUUUCAGCCUAUCGAGGAAACCCUCCGCCUCUAUUUUUCAAAGACAUUACUGGAUGUUACAUCCGGGCAAGCCAACACGGAACGGAAGAGCUCUGCAUUGUCGGAAGCAUCUCGUACCCUGGUUGCAUUGCUGCAUCUGCAAGUUGCCGGCUCAUUGUUCUUGUUAUGUUUUGGGUCACAGUAUCUAACACUGGUGUUGGAGAUUUUCCUUCCAGCCCAGUAUUUGAAGACCAGUGCUCCCAAGAUUUUGUCCGCGUGGAUCUGGUACAUCCCUGUUCUGGCGGUGAACGGAGGGUUAGAGGCCUUUUUGGCGAGCGCAGCUGAGAAGAAGGAUGUAAAUCGGCAGAGUGGUUGGAUGUUAGUCUUCUCGAUUAUCUACAUUGGAUCUGCCAUCGGACUGUAUAGGGAAAACUAUGGUGAUGUUUCGCUCGUCUACGCGAACAUAGUCAAUCUCUCUGCAAGGAUCGUCUACGUCGUUGUCUUCGCCGCUUCAUUUUUCCGUCGUCAUUCCGGCACGGACUACGUGAAGUGGAGACAGGUCCUACCAUCUCCUUCCUUGUUUAUCGCGCUGCUGGUAUCAUUGGUGGUCAUACCAGCUAGCGAAACCAAAUGGCACGCCACUCAGAUCGUCCAAACGCAAGGAAGAAGAGCUGUAUUUAAUUGGGCAGUUUUGAUUCAUGUGGGCAUCGGCACAGCACUGGCUCUGGUAUGCUUAUGGACAUGGUGGAAUAGUUCUCAGUCUGUCCUUGCCACGUUUAGAGCUCGAAAAACCAAAGUGACCUAGA